AUGUUUGCGCGGUUUAUGCACUUGCUCUUGCUGAGCAGUCUCUGCUCUUGUGCUUUUGGAGCACCUUACAGUCAUUCUAGUGAAGAGACUGAUCCUGAACUGGCCGCUGGCUACUUUGAAGGCGACUUGGAGGUCGAGUUGGGCCGUAACGGCUUGCUUAAAGAAACACGAAGCUGGCCAAAUGGAAUAGUUCGAUUGCUCAGAUUUUAUUUGAUUUUAGAUGCCGCCCAUGUGGCCUACAUUGAACUGGCAAUGAAGCUGAUUGAGCUUUCCAGCUGCGUUCACUUUGUCCCUGCCGAUGAGCAGGAGCAGAAUUAUGUUUUCGUAAGCACCAGUGAGACGGGAUGCACCUCUAUGGUAGGUUAUAUGCCAGGCCAACGUCUUCUUCGACUCACCCCAAAAGCUCUGGACAAAGGCUGCUUUCAGCUAGGAGUUAUUCAACACGAACUGCUUCAUACCCUGGGAUUUUUUCACCAACACAACUCCCCGGAUCGCGAUGACUAUGUGAGGAUUAUCGAGGAGAAUAUCUCCGAGGGACGCGAGAACGCAUUUCGGAAGUACGAUUACACUCAGCUGGGCAACUACGAUCAGCCAUAUGACUACGGCAGCAUAUUACACUAUGGCCAGUUCGGUUUCUCGAAAAAUGGCCAGCCAACAAUUGUUGCUCUGGAGCCGGACAAGCAGUCUUUGAUGGGACAACGCUUGCGGAUGAGUGAAACGGACAUCAAUCGAUUAAACACAAUGUAUAAGUGUCCUAUUAUCUUGUAG